GGCAGUCAGGCGGCCGCGUGGGCUCCUCACUUCCUACUCGGGGCAAGAUGGCGGGGGACGAGGCGGGAGUGACUCUGGGGCAGCCGCACCUCAGCCGGCAGGAUCUCGGCACCUUGGAUGUUACCAAGUUGACGCCACUUUCACCAGAAGUCAUCAGCAGACAAGCAACAAUUAAUAUAGGUACAAUUGGUCAUGUAGCCCAUGGAAAGUCAACAGUAGUCAAAGCUAUAUCUGGAGUUCAUACUGUCAGAUUUAAAAAUGAACUGGAAAGAAAUAUCACAAUCAAGCUGGGUUAUGCUAAUGCAAAGAUUUACAAGCUGGAUGACCCAAGCUGCUCUCGACCAGAGUGCUACCGAUCCUGUGGAAGUAGCACCCCAGAUGAGUUCCCUACAGAUAUUCCUGGCACCAAAGGGAACUUUAAACUAGUCAGGCAUGUCUCUUUUGUGGAUUGCCCUGGCCACGAUAUUUUGAUGGCUACCAUGUUGAACGGUGCAGCAGUAAUGGAUGCAGCUUUGCUGUUGAUAGCUGGUAAUGAGUCAUGCCCUCAACCUCAGACCUCAGAACAUCUAGCUGCUAUAGAAAUCAUGAAACUGAAGCACAUUUUGAUUCUACAGAAUAAGAUUGACUUGGUGAAAGAGAGUCAGGCUAAAGAACAGUAUGAACAGAUUCUUGCAUUUGUACAAGGUACAGUUGCAGAAGGAGCUCCAAUAAUUCCAAUCUCAGCACAGCUGAAGUACAACAUAGAGGUGGUUUGUGAAUACAUAGUGAAGAAAAUCCCGGUCCCUUUGCGAGACUUCACAUCUGAACCAAGGCUCAUUGUUAUUAGGUCUUUUGAUGUCAACAAGCCUGGCUGUGAAGUUGAUGACCUUAAGGGAGGCGUUGCUGGUGGCAGUAUUCUAAAGGGUGUUUUAAAGGUGGGCCAGGAAAUUGAGGUGAGGCCUGGUAUUGUGUCCAAGGACAGUGAAGGCAAACUCAUGUGCAAGCCAAUCUUUUCCAAAAUUGUGUCACUCUUUGCUGAACAUAAUGAUCUACAAUAUGCUGCUCCAGGAGGCCUUAUAGGUGUUGGCACUAAGAUUGAUCCCACUUUGUGCCGGGCUGACCGCAUGGUGGGCCAAGUUCUUGGGGCAGUUGGGGCACUGCCAGAAAUAUUUACAGAGCUAGAAAUUUCCUACUUCUUGCUGAGACGACUCUUAGGUGUGCGCACUGAAGGAGACAAGAAAGCUGCAAAGGUGCAAAAAUUAUCGAAGAAUGAAGUUCUGAUGGUAAACAUAGGAUCCUUAUCUACUGGAGGGAGAGUCAGUGCUGUAAAGGCUGAUUUGGGGAAGAUUGUGCUAACUAACCCUGUAUGCACAGAAGUGGGAGAAAAAAUUGCUCUGAGUCGAAGAGUUGAGAAACAUUGGCGUUUAAUUGGUUGGGGUCAGAUCAGAAGAGGAGUGACAAUCAAGCCAACUGUUGAUGAUGACUGAAGAACAAAAGAGUGCUUCAUUUUUAAAGAUGAAGUGCCUAUUUCUGUUUUGGAGGGGGUGUAUUUUCACAGUGGAAUUGGAAGCUGUGCAAACAGGAUCUUGGAGUUGUAUGGCUGUCCUCAUACCUUUUAUUGAAUUUUACCCUCUUACUAAAAUACUAGUCACUAUCACCAUUAAAAGUGUAAAAGAAUUGGCAUAGGGUGGGUUUCAUUAUCCACGUUUUAGUAGAAAUUAAUUGUACAUGUCUCAUGGCAUGUCUAAUUUAUGUUACUUUGUGUUUCAGACAUAUCUGUUUCAUAUCAGUCAAACCAGCCCCAGUGUAACACACAAACCAUAAAUCUGGUAUUGAAAUAAAAUAUUGCUUAUUUUCAUUAAUUCAUACAGUUUUUCUAAGUAACAAAAGACUGCAGUGAUUGUUCCACGUUCAAGAUUUAAAAGCAAGCAAACUCUUCUUGGAAGACUAGUACCUUUUCUGCACAAUUUAUGUUUAGACAACUGUUACCAACAAAAAACUUUAUUUCUUUGUUUCUAUGGUUCUGAUUUUAGGAUUCUAAAGUAUUCCACUUUGUAAUUAGGAUGGCAAUACUGACUGACUUGAAUUUGUCAUUUCUGAUAUUACUACAUGUUUUCUUAAAUCCCCAAAGGGAAACCACAAGUAAACUGGAUCUGAACUGGCAGUACUGGUUUUGACCUAUAGUAUGGAUUUAUGAAAGUAAUGUGAUUGAUUGGGACAUAACUUUGUCAUCAUGGAACUCUGUGGGAGUGACUUGGGAGUUCUUUAUACAGUAGGAGUAAACAACUUUAAAAUUUUGUUGAGCAAAUAUAAAAUACUGGGAAGAGGCUGUAGAAAGGAAUGAUUUGGGGUGAGGGCAGAGUUAUGGUGGUGGAAUAGUGAAUAAGGUGAGGAAAAAAGGUAUAAAACCACUUUUGUUUAGCUACUCUGAACCACAAGCCUCAGGAUAAAACAAUGUAAUAAACUUACUGUAGGGUGCUAAUACUUUAAUCCAUUUAGAUUUCACUUCUUCAUUUGUACUAAUAUACAUAGUUCUUGCUGGUUUAUAUACUAUUUAGCAAGUUGUGCUACUUAACAUAUUUUGGUACAAAGUACUGCAUGUUUUCAAAGUUUGGUUUUGGUUUUAUUCAAUAUCUUCAAGGGCUUUCUAAAGCCCUUUCACUCAUCAAACUGGAAUUUGAUGAAACAGCUUGCAUUUCGUUCCUGAUUUUGCACUAUAUUGUGUUCCCUUACUCUGUCUACAUUCCUGUACUCAGUUUUUCCAUUUGUAAAGUACUAGCUCACAUGGUGUUGAGAGUAAAUACAUUAAUUUUUG